AUGACAACAAGAACCAGUUCGCCCGUUCCGUCUACUAGUUCAUCUAUUACUAAUGAACCUGCUAAGACAGAAAAUAACUUCAUGGAAUUGUCUGAAUCUGCAAUUUACGAUGAUACUGGUGCACGCACAGCUGAUUAUAUAAAAGAAUGCUUUGAAAAUAUUACCGAAGAGUUCACAAUAGAAAAGGAUUGCAUUUUAUCAAUCACCACUGACGGUGGUGCUAACAUGGUUGCUGCAGUGAAACAAUAUUUGGGAGAUCGAAAAAGAAUUCCUUGCAUGGCGCAUUUGCUGAAUUUAAUAGUGGAUGGGGCAACAAGAGAUAAUGGACCAUUUCUACAAAUUGCCAAUCGUGUCAAAGCCAUCGUAACAUAUUUUAAACAAUCUGUAAACGCAAUGGACGAUUUAUGA